AACAAAAGAACUCCGACGCAACAAAGCAAAUCUGGAAUAACUUUUGCUUGCUUUGUCCACCACUACACACAACACAUCACCCAGCACAAAAACCCUAACCUCUCAUCAUCCUAUCAAAAUCACUCUUUUUAUUAAACAAAAUUAAAAUCCCCCAAAUUCCCAUCCCCUUUCCCACUCACACUCACACUCACAACCCCUCUCUCUCUCUCUCUACUACAGUUGCAUCUGUCGCCUUCAAUUACGACUUUCCACCACCAACACUUUUCUUUCUCUCUCUUGAUUUUUUGGGAGUAUAUAAAUAUUAGGGUUUUUAUUAUUGGGUAUGAAUCAAAUCAGUGUCACAAAAGACUCAGAACAAGGCGAGCCCGUGGCUCAGUCUAUACUGCCCCAACCUCAACAAAACCUUCCAAACGUUUCUGACAACACCGAUUCGGUUUCUGCUCAAGAGCAAGAGGUUGUAGCAGAGGAUAAAUCGCCACCAAUGGAACAACCAAUGGAUGAAGAUUCGGUUAUCCCUGCUACUGUUUUCACUAUUAUGCUUAAACAAUCUAAGUCCGAUUUGCAGCAUAAGAUGAGUGUUCCUGAACUCUGUCGCAAUUUCAGUGCUGUUUCCUGGUGUGGAAAACUAAAUGCUAUAGCUUGUGCGGCUGAAACGUGUGCCAGAAUUCCAAGUUCAACAGCUAAUCCACCAUUUUGGAUCCCUAUACAUAUUGUGAUCCCAGAGAGGCCGACUGAAUGUGCAGUAUUCAAUGUCAUAGCAGAUUCUCCCCGCGAUUCAGUCCAGUUUAUAGAAUGGUCCCCUACCUCUUGUCCCCGUGCAUUACUGAUUGCAAAUUUUCAUGGGAGGGUAACUAUUUGGACUCAACCAUCUCAAGGGCCAGCUAAUCUUGUCCGUGAUGCUAGCUGUUGGCAGCACGAGCAUGAGUGGCGUCAGGAUAUUGCAGUUGCAACAAAGUGGCUAUCAGGAGUGUCUCCGUAUAGGUGGCUAUCAUCCAAAUCGAGUGCUCCUACAAAUCCGAAGGUUACAUUUGAGGAAAAGUUUCUUUCGCAGCAAUCUCAAACUUCAGCUAGAUGGCCCAAUUUUCUUUGCGUCUGUUCCGUCUUCUCAUCAGGCUCAGUUCAACUUCACUGGUCCCAGUGGCCUCCUAGUCAGAAUGGCUCAACGCCUAGUUGGUUUCACACCAGUAAAGGACUAUUAGGUUGUGGGCCCAGUGGCAUUAUGGCAGGUGAUGCUAUUAUAACAGACAGUGGUGCCAUGCAUGUGGCAGGUGUACCAAUUGUUAACCCAUCCACCAUCGUAGUCUGGGAGGUCACACCUGGACCUGGAAAUAGCUUCCAAGCAACUCCAAAGACAAGUACUGCUUCUGGUGUCCCACCUCUUAUCUCACCCAACUGGGCUGGUUUUGCACCUUUAGCUGGAUAUUUAUUUUGUUGGCAAGAUUAUCUACUAUCUCAAGCAAAACAAGGAAAAAAGCUGACAGACAAAAACCUUGGUGAUGCUGUACCUCUAUACUGCUCACCAGUUUCAAAUUUUUCAGCAUAUGUGAGUCCUGAAGCUGCGGCUCAAUCUGCAGCUACCACUACAUGGGGUUCUGGUGUAACAGCUGUGGCCUUUGAUCCAACUCGGGCUGGUUCCGUGAUAGCUGUUGUGAUAGUUGAGGGACAGUACAUGUCCCCUUCUGAUCCGGAUGAAGGCCCAUCAAUUACAGGAUGGAGAGUGCAACGCUGGGAAUCUUCUUUACAGCAGGUCGUUCUCCAUCCUAUAUUUGGGAACCCUACCUCUAGUAUGGGUGGACAACCUCCUAUGCAAACUGUUUGGCAGUCCAAAGUGGACCUGAGCAUACCUCCAACAAAUGAUUUCAAGUGUCAUCAAUCACCUGCAAUUGGAAUGUCUACUGAUGUGCAAAAGUUAUCUGAGCCUGUUCCGGAUAAAUCCAAGCGGGUCAAUUUUGAUCCAUUUGAUCUUCCAAGUGACAUAAGAACACUUGCGCGAAUUGUUUACUCUGCUCAUGGUGGUGAAAUUGCAAUUGCUUUCCUUCGGGGUGGUGUCCAUAUAUUUUCUGGUCCAAAUUUUGCACCAGUGGACAACUAUCAAGUUACUGUUGGAUCUUCAAUUGCUGCUCCUGCUUUUUCUUCAACAAGCUGCUGUUCAGCUUCUGUUUGGCAUGAUACUGGCAAGAAUUGUACAAUAUUGAAAAUAAUUCGGGUUCUUCCUCCUCCCACCCCUAUUAGUCAAGUAAAGGCUAAUUCAUCAACUUGGGAGCGUGCAAUUGCUGAAAGGUUUUGGUGGAGCCUUUUGGUUGGAGUUGAUUGGUGGGAUGCUGUCGGCUGCACACAGAGUGCUGCUGAGGAUGGUAUUGUUUCACUUAACAGCGUCAUUGCAGUUUUGGAUGCGGAUUUCCAUUCUCUUCCAUCUGUGCAGCACAGGCAACAAUAUGGUCCUAGUCUAGACAGAAUAAAGUGUAGGCUACUGGAAGGGUCAAAUGCCCAAGAGGUCAGGGCAAUGGUUCUGGAUAUGCAAGCUAGGUUGUUGUUGGAUAUGCUGGGGAGAGGGAUUGAGUCUGCAUUCAUAAAUUCUUCAGCAUUAGUGCCUGAGCUUUGGCAAGCAUCUGGUGAAACAUUAUCCAGCAUUGACCCCGAAACAAUGGCUGUUGAGCCUGCACUAAUUCCUUGUGUUCAGGCUUAUGUUGAUGCAAUUCUUGAUUUAGCUUCACAUUUUAUUACACGUCUGCGACGUUAUGCAAGUUUCUGUCGCACAUUGGCUAGUCAUGCUGUGACUGCAGGCACUGGAAGCAACCGCAAUCUGGUUGCCAGUCCCACCCAAAGUUCAGCAACUCCUGCUACAAGUCAGGGAGGUCAAAAUGGCAGCGCUAGCUCUAUGGGGAGCACACAGUUGCAAACCUGGGUACAAGGGGCUAUUGCCAAAAUUAGCAACACAACUGAUGGAGGGUCCAACCCAACUCCUAACCCCAUCAGUGGUCCUUCAACAUUUAUGCCUAUUAGCAUUAAUACUGGAACAUUUCCCGGAACACCUGCAGUUAGACUUAUUGGGGACUGUCAUUUCCUUCACAGACUAUGCCAGCUUUUGCUCUUUUGCUUUUUCUUUCGACGUACACAGCUUCCCCGCUAUAUGGGGGCUGCAAAUAGAACUACUGAUACAAAUAUACAGAAGUCUAAUGCUCCUGCUUCUGGCAAGGUGGAGGAGAUCUCAAAACCCGUUUCAGCUGUGGCCAAAUCAGAAGAUGGCCUGACUGGACGAGCUGGUCAGCUUAUGUCUGGGUCAAAAGGAAGCGAAGAAGCACCUUCUGGACGUUCGAGAUUGGGAAGUGGAAAUGCUGGUCAAGGAUAUACGUUUGAAGAGGUCAAGGUGCUUUUUAUGAUGCUUAUGGAACUAUGUCGCCGAACAGCUGGGCUGCAACACCCAUUGCCAGUGUCUCAGGUGGGGAGCAGCAACAUUCAGGUUCGGCUUCAUUAUAUUGAUGGAAACUAUACCGUACUGCCCGAGGUUGUGGAGGCAUCCCUUGGUCCGCAUAUGCAGAAUAUGCCCCGUCCUAGAGGUGCAGAUGCUGCUGGUCUUCUGCUACGCGAGCUAGAACUCCACCCUCCAGCAGAAGAGUGGCAUAGGCGGAAUAUGUUUGGUGGACCUUGGUCUGACCCCGAGGAUGUGGAUUUUGCAAAUGAUCAAUCUAAAGUUGUUUUUUCUGACCCACGUGAUUUGAGCUCAGUGGAGCAUUGUGAUGCCUACUAUGGAACCCAUCGCUUAUGGCCAAGGAAGCGCAGGAUGUCUGAAAGAGAUGCAGCUUUUGGGUUGAAUACUUCUGUGGGCUUGGGAGCUUAUCUUGGUAUAAUGGGAUCUCGAAGAGAUGUUGUUACUGCAACAUGGAAGACUGGACUUGAAGGGGUCUGGUACAAGUGCAUAAGAUGUCAGCGGCAGACUUCUGCUUUCGCAUCUUCAGGUUCUACUGCCUCUCCUAGUCAGAAUGAAAGGGAAAUGUGGUGGAUCAGCCGAUGGGCAUAUGGCUGCCCAAUGUGUGGUGGAACAUGGGUUCGAGUUGUAUAGAUGACAACAUUAUGGUAUUAUUAUAUUCCGAGCUUCAUAUUUGGGAAAUGCGAGGCUUGCAUACAUUUGUGGCUAACUAUGAAAGAAUACUCAGAUGAAAUGUUGACUGAAAUUGUACAGGAGAAGACUUUUAGAUUUGCCUGACAAGCUGGUUAUCUGUAUAUAUUGUUAUUGAUGGUGGCCACACUAUUUUGGAUAUGGAUAUUUUUCCCACUGAUCACUAUGCAGGGGUGAUUUCAAUCAUUCAAAAAUCCAUUCAGACAGAUCUCCAUGUGUUUUAGGAGGUCACUUACACAAAUCGCAUUAGAAAUCCGACGGAUUAUGCGUGGGGCAUUAUAUUUUGUCUUGCAGCCUGGUCCUUGCCAAAUAUCAAUCGUUGACUUCUGUAAAAUAUAUCAGUGUUCGGUUAUGCAGAUUGUAAACCCUCUGUAGAACAAUGCGUACCUGCUGUUUCAUGCAUGCUGAUAAGAUUCACAAUCUCAUCGUUGUACCUGAUCCUAUAGAAUAGUUUUGUUCAUUUGUUCAACUGAAACCAUGUAACUAUUAGCUUAGUUUCGUAAUCGUACAUUAACUGUAUGUGGCAUGGAUUUUUUUUUUUUGUUAUUGGGUAUGUUGUACAAUCCAAUGGGGACUGGUUCCGGUUGUUUGUUGGUCAUAGAAUGUAGUUUUAGUCUGGCCUGACCACAUGGUUGCUUUCAAAACAGUGUUUGAGAGUCACAUGUUGUUGCUGCUCAUAUUUCAAGGGUAACCGUAUUAUGCACUAAAAAAGAGGUUUAAUGCCCCAAUCUUUUGAAUUUUAAUAACAAUAGCGAAUAACAUAUUUUUAUAAAAAAAUUGAAAGUAAAGAGUAUAUCAACUUGUGCUUAAAAUUUAAGAGAUUAUACCUCUUUUUUUGGGAUGCAUGUUAGGGGCACCUUUAAAUAAAUCUACAGAUUUAUACUUAUCGAAUUUUUUUGGUUAUGUAAAUUUUUUGUAUAUGAAAGUUAUAUUGGGCAAAUAAUUUAGAUUGAGUUUGGUUGAUCCACAGUUUAGGAUUGACUCUUAUUCAUGAACACUUUGCACCAUAUUGAUAGUAGAAAAACUGUAGAGACUAUUUUUAGUGUGGAA